GACUCGUGCGAUUGUUUAAUGCUAGUGCUUUUUCAAGUUUUGCUUCGUUUGCAGAGAUUGUUUAAACUGAUAAUGGAGAAUUUCAGAAAGUUAAAGAAGUUGCGCAUCUCGGACAAUGCAGAGUCCGAGGAUGACGCCUGGUCUUGGCCAGGUGUCAUAAGGGUGCUCCCGAAGGAUGCGGAGGACAUGUGUCAUACACCGGACGUCAAAUGGGUGGUGGUUGUAACUCCGGACGACAUCGCCUCGUCUCUCGUCCAAUAUAUAGACCGGCGAUAUCCGGAAGUUACGGAAUGGAUGGUGGAGACACCGUCGGGUGAGACCGGUGUGGACAGAAAGGAGCCGAAGAAAUGGAAGAAGAGCUCGUCGAGCGUAAAAGGCCUUGGUGGAAAAAGUUGUUUUGCUGUUGAAAGACAUAAACCCAUUCUCUGGCCAGGCCUUGUUGCGCAGAUAUCGACUUUCCACCGAAUGUAACAUCGCCACUCGGAAGUGACCAUUCACUCGAAUAUGACACUCACUAGGAAUUGACUUUUCACCCGUCUACGACUGAAUCGACUGGACUUGACUUUCCAUCCCAAUUUAAGGAUGGAUACUUCGACACUAUUCGAGAUUUGGUUAAAGAGCAUUUAGAACAACGACGGUGACAUCAAGCAUUGUUCUCGUGUUUAAUUAAAGGCUGUUUAAAUGACUAUAACUGGCCAAAACAACUUAUAUUCU